AUGGACAUCCACGGGUUGCCCAUUCUGUACACGGACAUCCACGGGUUGCCCAUUCUGUACAUGGACAUCCACGGGUUGCCCAUUCUGUACACAGACAUCCAUGGGUUGCCCAUUCUGUACAUGGACAUCCACGGGUUGCCCAUUCUGUACAUGGACAUCCAUGAGUUGCCCAUUCUGUACACGGACAUCCACGGGUUGCCCAUUCUGUACACGGACAUCCACGGGUUGCCCAUUCUGUACAUGGACAUCCACGGGUUGCCCAUUCUGUACACGGACAUCCAUGGGUUGCCCAUUCUGUACAUGGACAUCCAUGAGUUGCCCAUUCUGUACAUGGACAUCCACUGGUUGCCCAUUCUGUACAUGGACAUCCACGGGUUGCCCAUUCUGUACACGGACAUCCACGGGUUGCCCAUUCUGUACAUGGACAUCCACGGGUUGCCCAUUCUGUACAUGGACAUCCACGGGUUGCCCAUUCUGUACAUGGACAUGCACGGGUUGCCCAUUCUGUACAUGGACAUCCAUGAGUUGCCUAUUUUGUACAUGGACAUCCACGGGUUGCCCAUUCUGUACAUGGACAUCCACGGGUUGCCCAUUCUGUACAUGGACAUCCACGGGUUGCCCAUUCUGUACAUGGACAUCCACGGGUUGCCCAUUCUGUACAUGGACAUCCAUGAGUUGCCUAUUUUGUACAUGGACAUCCACGGGUUGCCCAUUCUGUACACGGACAUCCACGGGUUGCCCAUUCUGUACAUGGACAUCCACGGCUCCUAUUUGGCUGUCAACUCUUAUUGCUGCAUUGUGUUACCUAUACACUUAAAGUCUAUUAAAUUUAAAAUAACGGGUUGUUAUUUUUUAAAAUACGUUUACCUAAAAUUAGUCUCAGACGCAUUGAUAGAGGUUAGGUAUCUCUUUAUGAUCAGGCCAACACUUAGAGUUUCACCAUAUUUUACAGUUAGGCCCCUUGCUACAGUUUGCAGUUCAAACAUAUCACUCGAAGGUACAAAUAAAAUAUUAUAA